GUGAAUGCUUCAGAGAAAAUUUUAAAUAUCUAAUUUAAUGAAAAUCCUUACAAUGUUUUGUGUUAACCAUUAUAACUAUAAGGGUGUAACGUAUUUUUAUUAGUUAAAAUUAAUAAUAUACAUUUUACUGAGGACUAAAAGUGUCGUAGACGCUAUCAAGUACGACUCUAACCUUAUAAAAGCAUUGUUUUCAAAUCUGACUUCAAACUUAUUUUAUUGCAUGAUUUUUUUGAUUUUAUUAUUACUAUUUCUCUGUUGAAUUCUUCGAAAUGUUUAACAAUUCGGAAAUUCGUGGAUCUUGCAAUGCUAUUUUCUCAAGCUCUCCUAUUAAUUUUAAUAAAGAGAAUGAGUCUCCUCUUAAAGCACGAACUGGAAAUACAAGUGAAACAGAUUUAGCAAAGAAAACUCCAAGAAUGGACAAGAUAUCGCAAUUGAACAAAAACAAAUCAAUUUCUGUUGAAACAGUGGUGCUAAACAAAAAUGAAUCACUUCCUCCUGAACGAGUCAACAGUAGCCCCUCAUUAAGUUUUCGUAGAGCGAAAAUAACUAAUAGAUCGCAAAGACAAGAUUCAAAGUUUUGCAAAAAAUCAUAUUCAGAUGACAAACUCAAAACUCCAUCUAAAUCUAAAUCUAUUAAUCACGUUCCUACAGAAAAAUCGCCUGUGAGGCAUUUUUGUUCAUCAAAAUCUUCAAGUAAUAUUAGUAAUAUAAAGACUGAUGGAACUCCAUUCAGAACUCCAGUAAAGAGGUUUUUUGAUAGCCAUUUAAUGUCAUCAACACCGGAUUGUUUUGGCUCAGUGCAAUUCGAAACUCCCAGAGUAGAAAAGACUGAUGUUACAAAGGAUGAAGCGACUAUUUAUGACGAAGAAAACAGUAAUCUCACCGUAGGAAUUAGAGUAAGACCUAUGAAUUCUAGAGAACUGAAUGAUCAAAAGGUUUUAUCUAUUAUCAAAGUAAAAGAUUCAAGUAUAAUUGUUGAAUGUGAUUCUUCUCAACAUGAGUUCAUCUAUGACCAUUGUUUCGUAUCAUAUUCAAAUACUGAAAGGAAAAACCAUGCCAGUCAGGAGACAGUAUUCAACAAUAUGGUUUUACCUCUGGUACAAAAUGCAUUUGAAGGCUACAAUGUAUGUCUUUUUGCAUACGGUCAGACUGGAUCUGGGAAAAGUUACAGUAUGAUGGGUUCUGAAUCAUCUUUCUUAAAUUCAACUACUCUUUGUGAAGAUGCUGGAAUAAUACCUCGAUUUUGUCAUGAAAUCUUUACUCGUGCUGCUGAAAAUAAACAAUUCAAUACCAGUGUAGAGAUAAGUUACUUUGAAAUUUAUAAUGAAAAAAUUCAUGAUUUAUUAACCACUAAUUCAAAUCAAAGUGGAACGAAACGAGCUCCUUUAAAAGUGCGAGAGCAUCCUAUCUUUGGACCUUACGUUGUUGAUUUAAGUCAACACACAGUUCAGAAUUAUGAAGAUCUUCAAAUGUGGUUGAAAGUUGGAAACUCACAGAGAGCAACAGCAGCAACAGGAAUGAAUGAAAAAAGCUCAAGAUCUCACAGUAUUUUUAGUAUUAUAUUAACCCAAGGACAAAAUAAUGAUCCAGCUGAUGGAGUGGUUCGUUCUGGAGACUCUGGUCGUCGUAGUAAAAUAAACCUUGUUGAUCUUGCAGGAAGUGAAAGGCUUAGUCAGACUUGUGCCAGUGGCGAAAGAUUACGAGAAGGUGUUUCAAUUAAUAAAUCCCUCCUUAUUCUGGGCAAAGUAAUUGCAUCUCUCGCUGAAAGCACUACCAAUAGAAAACGUGGUUUCGUUCCCUAUCGAGAGUCGGUACUGACAUGGCUUUUAAAGGAAAGCCUUGGAGGAAAUUCGAAAACUGCAAUGCUGGCCACCGUAUCACCAAGUAGUGUUCAUCUAGAAGAAACUUUAGCUACACUACGAUAUGCAUGCCAAGCAAGAUCUAUUGUCAAUCGAGUUAGAGUUAAUGAAGAUGCUCAUGACAAACUUAUUAGAGAGCUUAAGGCUGAAGUUCUAAGACUGAAGAGUUAUGGACGACAACUUGCUUCUUCAAGGCUUUUGAGUAAUGAAGGGUUCGGUAAUUUGGAUGAAGAAGUGGUUAAGAAACAGGUGGAAAUUGAUCAACUCAAAGAUCAGUUGAAGAAAACUGAAGAACAAUUGGCCAUUAAUCAAAAGUCAUUUGCGGAAAGAUUGCAGGAAGCAGGGGAACGUCGAAAGUCGGAGUUAAAUUUCCUACGACAUUGCGGAAUUGCGGUUGAAAUAGACUUGAAGGAAAAAAAUUCUACUCCUUGUUUGGUUAAUCUUGCAGCAGAUCCGAUGUUAUCUGGUACAUUGUUGUAUCUCAUUCCUCCCGGAAAAGUGCGGAUUGGGCGAACUAAACAUCAUAAAGCUGUUGACACAAUUGAUAUCAUCCUCAAUGAUCCACUUGUUGCUCCAUUCCACUGCACUGUUGAGAAUAAUAAUGGAGUCUUAAGUUUAACACCAGAAUCAAAUGGUGAUACAUAUGUUAAUGGUCAACUUAUAUGUGAUAGAGUGUAUCUAAAACAUGGAGAUCGAUUGAUAAUUGGAGGGAAUCACUAUUUCAAAGUGUGCAAUCCUCAUGAUGAACGUUUUAAUAGCCCCGGAAAUAAUCAAUUAAUUGAUUAUGAAUUUGCACAUCAAGAGAUACUUAGUAUUCAAGAGGAAAAAUUGAAAGCAGAGCUUGAAGAAGCUAAGCAAAAAGCCUUAAUGGAACUAGAAAAUGCGAAGAAAGAAGUAGAAAUACAACUUACUUCUCAGAAAAGUGUUUAUGAAAAUGAAAUAAAAUUAUUGGGAGUGUCAUUAGAGCAACACAAAGCUGCGCUAAGAGAAAUUAAUCAAAAGAAACGUGAAUUAGAGAUAGAAAAAGAAAUAUUAACAUAUCAAAUAGAAAAAAAUGAUAAACAGGAUGUUAAUUGUUGUGAAACAAUAUCUAUUUCGCCAUAUGAAUCUAAUUUCUUAGAGGAACUGAAAAAACUUCUCACAGAAACUACUAAUGAUGUAGAAACAGCUUUAGUGGUAGAAGCUAGUAAUGAAGCAAUUGUUUCUGCUGGAAUUACUAUGCAUGAAAUGCAACUGCUGGUCAAAGAAGCCACUGAACGGUGUCGAGAAAUUGGCAUUAAUUAUGAAUUCUUUCAACAAAAAUUGAUUUCAGACAAAGGCCUUGAGCCAAUUAUUAAAAUCCGUGAUAAAGAUCGAAUGUUGGAAACACUUUGGCAACCAAGAUUAUUUUUAAAUUGGCUUCAUAAGCUCCGAGACUUUGAUGAUGAAGAUACUAUCAAGGAAUUGAUAGAAUCUGAAACACCUUGGGAGGCAUUUGAAGAAAGUGAAAUUCCUGAAUACACUUUUAAUUCUAGUCGUAUCUCAAUUAAUCUAACCCCUGUCAAGAAACAACUCAAUGAAAGUUUGCAUCAAUUAUCGAUGAAUAGUUCAUUGCUUGAUGUAACACAAGAUAAAACAUCUGAGGUAUUUAUUAAUAAAAGACAUGAUGAUAUGAAUGCUUGUCUUCUUCAGAUGGAACUCGCGACCAAUACUUUGAAAAAACUGUGCCAUCAGUAUGAAAGUCGAGAAUUAAGCGGAGAAGUUACUAAAUCUUUAGAUAAUGUAUGUAAAAUUGUUUCGUCAUUGCGAAAUAAAUUGGACUUAGCACAUAAAAAUGACCAGAGUAGCACAAAAAAUAGUACAAAUAUGGAAAGUAGCCUUAAUAAUGUUGAUAAAGAAAAUAUCUCAACUACGGAGACUCAAAAGAUAGACCAAAAUAAUUUAGAAAAUGAACCAAAAAAAUUGAAAAAAGAAAUUUCAAGAAUAACUUCCAGAAAGUGCCCAUUUUUUCAAGAUAACUCACAAAAAUCAGUUAGAUUUAACGUUGAAUAAUUUAUUAUUAUUAUUACUACUACUACUACUACUACUACUACUACUACUAUUCUUACUCUUCAUAUUACUAUCAUAAAGUUAAAUUUUUUUGAUUCACAAGUUUGUCUAUGUUUUAAAUUCACACAAAUACUUUUUGAAUAUUUGAUAUUAAAUGACUAUCAAUAAAAAAUAUUGAAAGCUUUGAACUUCCGACAUGAUUUUUUGUUAAAAUUUUUCAAAAAAGUUACUUAAUUUUUUAUAAAUUUUGAAUACUAUUUAAAUGAGUUUUUCAUUCUUCAUACAAAUUAGUCAGUAGGCAAUUAAGAAGAAAAACUAUCAAGAAUGUAAAUAUCAAAAUUUUUGAUAAAUACAUCGAUUAUAAGAUUAGUUUUCAUGACAAAGAAAGCUGUGACUACUUCUUAAUAAUAAUAAAAUAGAAUUAUCAUAUUAUAAUUAAAUAAGUUUUGCUUUUCAUUUAUUGUAAUGAUUAUUAUAAGUAUUA